AUGACCGAGAUGAAUCUCGCUCGUUUCUUGGCCAUACGGAAUCCGUUUAAAACAUUAUCAAGAAAAGGGAGCUACUCAGCUGCGGAUAUAGGAUGCUACGUCAGUUCCGUUCCGGGAUCACUUCCCGUUCCACACUCAUUAGAAACCUGUCGUUUGCGAUAUCUAAAGCGUCGCAGCGCCAUAUCUGCCGUUAAAGAAUGCAGCAUCCUCGUGCCGAUCUCUGGAAGACGUGAAUAUUAUCACAAGUCUCGUGAUGUAAGAUGGAGCAAUGUUGAACGACAUCUCAAAUUAGACUUCGACAGAUAA